AUGGCACCACACUGGACGUCGUUGCUGCUGGCGGCGGUUGGCCUGGUUAGGGCUGCCCCUUCGCCCGUGCAACAUAGUCCGGACGCUGCGCUUCGGCCUCGGGCGGUCUGCACUCCAACUGCAGGAGGCAGCUCUUCUAUCGACGAUGUCCCUGCCAUAACCAAAGCGAUUGCUAGCUGUGGUAACGGUGGCACGAUCGUCAUUCCCGCAGGCACCACCUAUUACCUCAACAGCGUCCUCGACUUCGCUGGGUGCACGGGCUGUGACUUCCAGGUCGAGGGGUUGCUCAAGUUCGCCAGUGACACCGACUACUGGGAGGGACGCACUGCCAUGAUCAGCAUCUCCAAGAUCAACGGACUCAAGCUGCGGUCCCUGACCGGGUCGGGGGUCAUCGACGGAAAUGGCCAGGAUGCUUGGGACCUCUUCGCCUCAGACAGUAGCUAUGCCCGACCGACCCUCCUCUACAUCACCGGCGGCAGUAACCUCGAGUUCUCCAACUUCCGUCAGAAGAACCCGCCCAACGUCUUCAACUCAGUCAAGGGGGGCGCGACCAACGUCGUCUUCUCCAAGCUGCGGAUGGACGCGACAUCCAAGUCCGACAACGACCCCAAGAACACCGACGGGUUCGACAUCGGCGAGAGCACCUAUGUGACCAUCGCGGACACGACAGUCAAGAACGACGACGACUGCGUGGCGUUCAAGCCGAGCUCGAACUACGUCACCGUCGACACGAUCACCUGCACGGGCUCGCACGGGAUCUCGGUGGGCUCGCUGGGCAAGUCCAGCAGCGACACCGUCAAGAACAUCUACGUCACGGGGGCGACCAUGAUCAACUCGACCAAGGCCGCGGGGAUCAAGACCUACCCGAGCGGCGGCAGCCAUGGCGUGUCGACGGUGUCGAACGUGACGUUCAACGACUUCACCAUCGACAACUCCGACUACGCGUUCCAGAUCCAGAGCUGCUACGGCGAAGACGCUUCGUACUGCACGACAUACCCCGGGAACGCGAAGCUGUCGGGCAUCAAGGUCACCGGGUUCAGCGGCACCACGAGCUCGAAGUACGAUCCCACCGUGGCCAACCUGAACUGCGGAUCGGGGGGAACGUGCGAUGUGACGAUCAGCGGGUGGAGCGUCAAGGCUCCUUCGGGCAAGUCGCAGGUGUUGUGUGCCAACACCCCGUCGAGCUUGGGGGUGACUUGUACCUCUGGGGCUUCGGGCUAG